UGUGGCAAUAUGGAGGUGUAAACAGACUCAGCGCUACUGGUAAAUAAAUAAAUAUAAAGAAAGUGAAGGUUUAACACUUGCACUGGUGCUUUCCCCCUUCAUAUUUAUAACGAUGGCAAUCCCCAUUGCAAUCCUGGACUGUGACCUGCUGCUGCAUGGUCGUGGGAACAAAACUCUGGAUCGAUUCGACAUUGAAACGGUAUCAGACGAGUUUCUCUUGACGACUUUUGGUUUCCCGCGUGAAUUCAUCUACUACUUGGUGGAGCUGCUCAACGAUAGCCUGUUAAGACGCACCCAGAGGUCACGAGCGAUCAGCCCGUACGUCCAAAUCCUCGCAGCUCUAGGAUUCUACACGUCGGGCUCCUUCCAGAGCAAGAUGGGCGACGCCAUCGGGAUUAGCCAGGCCUCUAUGAGUCGCUGCGUUUCAAAUGUCACCAAGGCGCUGAUUGAGAAGGCAACAGAGUUCAUCGGAUUUAACCGAGAUGAGGCCACCACACAGCAGUCUAAGGAGGAGUUCUACAGGGUGGCAGGGAUUCCUAAUGUCAUAGGGGUUGUGGACUGCGCUCACAUAGCUAUUAAAGCUCCGAACGCUGAGGACACGUCGUAUGUCAACAGGAAAGGUUUUCACUCCAUUAACUGCCAGCUGGUUUGUGAUGCUAGAGGACUGCUGCUGAGCGCUGAAACUCACUGGCCUGGCAGUCUAACGGACCGAGCCGUUUUUAACCAGUCGAAAGUGUUUAAGUUGUUCAAGGAGCAGGUGAACCACGAUGGUUGGCUUCUAGGCGAUAAUCGCUACCCCCUGCAAAAAUGGCUGAUGACUCCAGUUGGCAAUCCUGAGACUACGGCAGAGUAUCGCUACAACCUGGCCCUCAUAGCUACCCACGAGAUCGUGGACCGCACCUUCCGUGCUCUUCAGACCAAGUUCCGAUGCUUGGACGGGGCGAAAGGCUACCUGCAGUACUCGCCCGAGAAGUGCGCACGGAUCAUCCAGGCGUGCUGUGUGCUUCAUAACAUCUCGCUGCAGUCCGGGCUGGAUGCCUGGACGGUCGAAAGGACAGAGCCUACAGACCAAACGGAUGAGGACGGCAAUCCGGAGGAGAAAUUGGAUUUGGAGGCUUUGGAAGUACAACGGGAACUGAUCCGGAAUCAUUUUAGCUACGGUUAAUCUAGGACUGAUAGAUGUUUCAAACUUUUUUUUCUGGUAUUUGUAGAUGUCAAGACAUCAUGUCAACAUUCUGUUGUUGGUAAGCCGACUGUGAUCUGUAUGAAUGUUACAAUUUUUUUUGUUUUUAAUUUUCAACCCAUUAUUUCCUUGAAAUACUUUGAAUACCACGUUUAUAAAGGUUGAAUAAAA